AUGAUUAUUGUGGCAGUGUGUUUCCCUUCUGUCUUUCUCCCUCUCACUCUCUCUCUACGUGAAUUUUCCCUCUCUUUUUACUUUUCUCCACUAUAUAUAUUCAGCCGCUGUGCCUCUCAUUUGUCACACUUCUACAAAACUUCCUUUCUUUCUUUUUACUGCCAUUUCAAGAAGAAAAAGGCUCUUCUCGUCCAACAACUCUUCUUCCUCUCCUUCCAAAAGAAAAUGGAAAAGCUGAACUCGAAAUUGUACUUGGAGAACUGCUACAUCAUGCAGGAGAAUGAGAGGCUGAGGAAGAAGGCUGAGCUUCUCAACCAGGAGAAUCAGGCUCUCCUCACUGAGCUCAAGCAGCGCCUCGCCGCGGCCGCCGCCGUCGGAGCUCCCAUCCCUGAUCUCAAUAUGUCCACCUCCGCCGCCGCCACCACCUCUAAGGCCCCCAAGAAAAACAAGAAAUGAGAUUGGAGGCGGAGGCCCACCAAUAAUAUGUUUUGCUCAUCAUUAGCGUCCUUCAAGAAUUAUAGUUUAAAGGAGAAUUGGUAGUCCAAAUGCUUUGUCUCAAUUAAGUCUCUGUCGUCAGUAGAUAAAAAAAAUAUCGUGUCGAUUAAGUGUCCUUUUAUCGCGUCUUGUUGUUUAUCAAUCUAUAAAUCAAAAUUUAGUAAUGGAAUAAACAUAUAUCUUAAUA